UUUCACCUUCUCUCUUUCUGCUUUUUCGCUUUCUUUUAGCUGUUUUCACUGCCCUCUGCAAUGUUGAAAGGAACAGCCCUUUUAACAUUUAUGCUUUCACUUCUUGCUUUCCUCCUCAUUCUUGUCAAUGGGGUUCACUGUUUUGGUGAGACGAAGCUACUCAAGCUGCAACAGUUUCAAUGGAAACAGAAAUGGGAUGCUUCAAGUUGUUUGCCUCAGAAAUCAAGAAAGGAGAAUGAUGCAACUAUAUUGGAAAUGAAGCACCGAGAUUUUUGCUAUGGAGGAGGGAUCAAAUACUGGAAUAAGUUGCUUCAGAAGCACUUGAUAUUGGAUGAUCGAAGAGUUCAGUCAUUGCAAGCACGAAUCAAGAACAUGGCUUCUAGCAAAACAGAAGUUUCUAAUACAGGAAUCCCCUUAACUUCUGGUGUAGAACUUGGAACACUGAACUACAUCGUUACAGUUCAAUUAGGUGGUCGGAAAAUGACAGUGAUUGUUGAUACUGGAAGUGAUUUGACUUGGGUUCAGUGCCAGCCUUGCAAAUCAUGUUAUAACCAAAAGGAACCUCUUUUCAACCCAUCUGCAUCUCCUUCCUACAAAACAGUCUUAUGUAAUUCAUCAGACUGUCAAUCACUUGCAUUUGCUACUGGGAAUACAGGGUUCUGUGGGAACAAUCCACCAACCUGUAACUACGUCGUUAGCUAUGGUGAUGGAUCCUAUACUCGCGGUGAACUAGCUCAUGAUCAUCUCAAUCUAGGCAAUACUCCAGUGGAUAAUUUUAAAUUUGGCUGCGGCCGGAACAAUAAAGGUCUUUUUGGUGGAGCUUCUGGUCUGAUGGGUCUAGGAAGGAGCUCUAUCUCUCUGGUUUCUCAAACAUCCGCAAUAUUUGGAGGGUUUUUCUCCUAUUGUUUGCCUUCUGCACAAGCUGGGGCUUCAGGUUCGUUAGUUUUGGGAGGCAAUUCUUCGGUUUAUAAGACUUCAAGCCCCAUUUCUUACACUAGAAUGAUUCCCAAUCCACAGCUAUCAACUUUCUAUUUCCUCAACCUAACUGGUGUCAGUGUUGGUGGGGUGACACUGCAAGAUUCAAGUUUUGGCAAAGAUGGAAUGCUUAUUGAUUCUGGGACGGUUAUUACCAGGCUUCCUCCAACAAUUUACAAGGCAUUAAAGGCAGAGUUUCUGAAACAAUUUUCUAGUUUUCCUUCUGCACCAGCUUUCUCAAUCUUGGAUACUUGCUUUAACCUUAGUGCAUACCAAGAAGUGGAUGUUCCCACGAUUAAAUUGCAAUUUGAGGGUAAUGCCGAGAUAAAUGUGGACAUAAGUGGGGUGUUUUACUUUGUAAAGACUGAUGCAUCUCAGGUGUGUUUGGCUAUUGCAAGCCUCUCAUUCGAAGAUGAAAUCGGCAUUGUUGCAAAUUAUCAGCAAAGAAACCAAAGGGUUAUAUAUGAUACGAAAGAGUCAAAGUUGGGGUUUGCCCAGGAAAGUUGCAGUUUCACAUAAGCAGAAAAGCUAGAACUGUUGCGCAGUUGUGGAUAUAUUUUUAUUGGAUGCUAAGCCAAGUGAUCUGUUGGCAAUUAACAAUAUCUAUACCCUAGCAUCUUUUCCUAGUUCAUAUUAUAUACAUAUAACUACUCGGGCAGAAGGCAUAGAAAUUAUGAUAGCCACUCGAGAUUUCCUGAGUGUGCUCAAUAAAUGGUAGAG